AUGGCUCUGAAAGCCAGCGGGGAAAGAGUGGUGAGUGUGUACGCAUGCACAUGGAUGCGCACGCUCUUGCGCACAGGCAAUCCAGCCCACUGGCGGAAACGUUUGCCAACCCCUGCUAUUAUAUGAAGGAAAUAAUAAUAAUAAUACCCCACCCGUCUGGCUGGGCUUCCCCAGCCACUCUGGGGGGCUCCCAACAGAAUAUUAAAAACAUGAUAAAACAUCAAACAUUAAAAACUUCCCUAAACAGGGCUACCUUCAGAUGUCUUCUAAAAGUCAGAUAGUUGUUUAUUUCCUUGACAUCUGAUGGGAGGGCGUUCCACAGGGCAGGCACCACUACUGAGAAGGCCCCCUGCCUGGUUCCCUGUAACCUCACUUCUCACAGGGAGGGAACCGCCAGAAGGCCCUCGGUGCUGGACCUCAGUGUCUGGGCUGAAUGGUGGGGGUGGAGACGCUCCUUCAGGUCUACUGGGCCGAGGCUUUAAAGGUCAGCAUCAACACAUUGAAAUAUGCUCGGAAACGUACUGGGAGCCAAUGUAGGUCUUCCAGGACCAGUGUUACAUGGUCUUGGCGGCCACUCCCAGUCACCAGUCGCAUUCUGGGUUAGUUGUAGUUUCCAGGUCACCAUCAGAGGUAAUAAUCAUAUCCAUUUAUUCAUUUUUGCCUCUUGCGCCACCCUCCACUGGCACAUAGACUGCCAUCCCGGAACGAAGCUGGCAAAAGUUUCUCCACCCCAGCUAUGAAAUCUAAUCUCUGUUGGCAGAUAGGGCCGCAUGAUUGGUUUCAUGUGUAUUUAUGAAGAUGCUUCUUAAAAUAUAGAACAAUCUUUAACCACUGUAGAUCAGUGUGCAAUUCCGAAGACAUGUUCCUUAAGACGACAACGACAAGCUAUCAAUAAAUCUGUGGAAAGAAGCAUGUUCACUGAAAGUCCGGAAAGGAGGACAUGCAAGGUGAAAAAUGGCGCUCUAUAUUGCAUAUCAAGUUAUACGACUCCCUCUAAUAGCAAAGUCAGGUGGCGGGCGCUGACAGCAUUGUAGCCAAAACAGGGACUCUGAGAAACAAGAGCAUGUCUUAGCAUACACAAGGGAAUUCAAAGCUUUGCAGAAGUACAAGAAAGCUUGACCCCCAUAAAACUUCCUAAUGAAGACUAAAUGUACUUAGUACAUGCAGAAUGUCUGCCACUUGGCAGGGGAAUGGAAAAAUUUUCACAGGGGUAUGUGAAAAUUCUAAUGGAGAGAGAAAGGUGGGGGAAACAGUUCACCAUUUUCUUAGCACACAUAUUAUUUCCUAAAUUACCAUUGAGAAGGUCUUCAUAUCUUUGCUUUGCUUUUCAGAAAAAUGAAUCAACAUCUUGGCUCCAAACGCCGCGGUGUGGCAGUCCAUGAUGCCCGUGGCUUGAAGAACUUUUGGGAAGAAAUCAUCGAAGAAACACAGGCCAAGCAAAAAGAAGUUGAAGACUUUCAGUUAACCAGAAGUGCUUUGAAUAAGUGAGUGGUUUUCUCUUACUCGCGUGGAAGCUGCCAAGCAAAAGACUGUAGGGGGUCCUCUAAAAUGGGCGUCUCCAAUAGUUCUGCCCCUUAGAGUAGAUACCCUCCAGCAUUUCUCCGAUGAAAAUAGGGACGUCCCAUUCCAUAACAAUAAAUUUCCUAUUUAUACCCCACACAUCUUACUGGGUUGCCCCAGCCACUCUGGGCAGCUUCCAACAUAUAUAAAAAAAACCAUAAUAAAACAUUAAACAUUAAAAAAAAAAUUCCCUAUACAGGAUUGUUUUCAGAUGGCUCAGGGGGUGGAUAACUCCACACCCUCCAACAUUUCUCUGAUGAAAAUAGAGACAUCCUACCAUGCCCUCCGGACACAGGUGGCGCUGCGCUCUAAACCACUGAGCCUAGGGCUUGCCGAUCAAAAGGUCGGUGGUUCAAAUCCCCGCGACGGGGUGAGCUCCCGUUGUUUGGUCCCUGCUCCUGCCAACCUAGCAGGUCAAAAGCACAUCAAAAGUGCAAGUAGAUAAAUAGGUACCGCUCCGGUGGGAAGGUAAAUGGCGUUUCCGUGCACUGCUCUGGUUCACCAGAAGCGGCUUAGUCAUGCUGGCCACAUGACCCAGAAACUGUCUGUGGACGAACGCCGGAUCCCUCGCCCAGUAAAGCUAGAUGAGCACCGCAACCCCAGAGUCCACCGCAACUGGACCUAAUGGUCAGGGGUACCUUUACCUUUACCAUGCCCUCCAACAUUUCUCCAAUGAAAAUCGAGACAUCCUAAGGAAAAGUGGGACAUUCAAAUCAGGAUCAAAUCAGAAACUGGGGUGGCUUCUCUAAGUCAGGGACGCUCCUGGAAAAUAGGGACACCUAGAGGCUCUGAGAGUGUGCCAAUGAGCACCAAACUCUCUGCAGUUCAAUAAUGAAAGAAGAUGCCUUUUAUGGAAGGUUUUCAAGAAGAGACAGGAUGGGCAUCUCUCAGGAAUGCUUUUCCAGAUGGUGAACCACCACCCCAUCUCAUCUGACCCACCAAGUCUUUUCCCCUGUCCUGCUGGCCUUGACUACGACUGGAGAUAUUAAUGGCUACAGUGGAUUAAGGGCCUCUCACCUUGUCCUUUGCCUGCUGUCCUUGCUAGCAGAUUAGCAGACUCCAAGAACUGGAAGGAACGCUCUAGUCUCCUCCAAAGUUUCCCCAGCUCUUCAUUAGAAAUUUCCACCACAACCAAAUAACGCACAGAGGCUCCACACAAAGUAACUUUUACAAAUGAUAAUUCAAACAAUGUUCAUUUAAUUCAACAGGCUAGAUAGAGAGACUGACCUCCCUCCCAAGGGCAGCUGAUGAUUAUGAGCAAGCAGCAGCCUGAAGUGAAGACAAAUAUUCUCUUUAUGUUCCCUGGGCUGUUGUAGUUAGCAAGUCGCACUUGGCCAAAGAGAGACUGUGCUUUGAAUAAAGAUAUUCCCUGCUGAUUAGACUGAUUUUUAAGAUCUUGACUAUGCCCUCUUGAGAAUGCCGCUUUGACUACAGGGCACAUCAAACUGAAAAAUAAAUAUUAAACAGUAAUUUGCAAUCUAAAUUGGAAACAAAAUGAAAAUGACCACAGCCUUAAAAGGCCAGGCAAUGCUUAUUGAGACAUUAAAGGAGGCAGGCAACAAUACUCAGUGGUAUAUUGAGCAGUGACAUUUCAUUCUUGGCCUAGAAUAUUGGGUGCUUUCCGUGCAUAGUAUUGCUGAGAAGUUAAUCUGUCAUCAAUGGCCUCCAGUUAUAUUAUCAACUGGUUCCGCUCUUGGCGCUAUACCAUAAAGGAUCUUCAGCUUAUUGCAUUUUCACACUUGUGAUUUUUAAAAGUACUUAGAUUGUAUGUUGAUUAUUGUCAAAAGCGUUAUCACGUAUUUUGCCAAAACUCCAUAAUUUUCUGCAAUAGUAGGUGUGGCUGUUUCUGCACAAUUUCACCAUGGACACAGUCAGAUGGCUCUGUUUUCUGGGGUCAAGAGCUCCUAAGUUCUGGUCCCUGCUGUUCCAAUUGUGUGGAGGGCUCCCUUCCACAUUGGCCCUCAGAACUAAUUGAGAACUAAUUGAGACCAACAUGUCCCCGAUGAAAAUAGGGAUGUCCCAUUCCAUAACAAUAAUUUAGAAGGCCCUCUGCCUGGUUCCCUGUAGCUUUGCUUCUCGCAAUGAGGAAACCGCCAGAAGACCUUUGGCACUGGACCUCAGUGUCCAGGCAGAACGAUGGGGAUGGAGACGCUCCUUCAGGUAUACUGGGCCAAGGCCAUUUAGGGCUUUAAAGGUCAACACCAACUCCUCUCCUCUCACCAUUUUAUUGUGAGACUAGAGGCUCAAAAAGAUUGCCUGCUCUGUCACCUGGAAAUCCCCCAGAGCAUUCAGGAAUGCUUCAGACUUCAAAAGGUCUCCAGGGGUGGACCAUCUCAAUAAGUCCUCCAUCCCUACGGGUGGAAAGUGUCGCCACAAUAAAUGGUCUGACUAUGACAAGGAGGUCAUUACAACUCUCCCCACUCCAGACCCCACCCCAUGCAAAGAACAAUCAAUAUAUCUGUCUCUGUGCAUUGUGCCAGCAAUAUAUUGAGACAUCUCCACAGUUGUAAUGGGGACCGUGAAGUCUCAAGUUGGUCCCUUUAAGACAGGCACAGGAAGUCUACUGAAGUCCCGCAGGAAAAUGGCCCUGAAGUUCUCCAACACCACUGUUGAGACUAGCUCCACCAGCUUGGGUAGGGAGAAUACUGGACAGUGAGGAUCACGGGCAGCACCCCUUUUCUAUGUGUGGUCCAACACCAGGUGCAGGCCCUCAAGGGAGCAAGGGAGUCUCCUUGUGAGGGAGAUAUCAUCCUUGUUGACUGCUACAGUGACUCCUCACUCACCGCCCCAACUGUCCAGACUGUUUUGAUGCGUUCCCAGGUGGACACAGCUGAGUCAGAUUAACGCCACCCAGCUCAUCUAUCCAGGUCUCAGUAAUACAAAUCAGCCAGCCCCAUCAUCCAUGAUCAAGUUGUGAAUGGUAGAGAUCUCACUAUGGGCAUAUCUGGCAUUAAACAACUGAGUAAAAUGGCAGACCAACCUAGAUCUGGAAGGACGGAUGGAAGGACUGGAAGUGGGGAUCGCCUCCAACAUCUGUUCCCUCUUCUCUUUUCCUGUCCAGUUCGAUCCCCUACCAUAUCUCCCCCUGCCCAUGCUUACCAUCAUAGCAGACCCCUAAUUCUAUUCCCCAUAAGUAUUUCCCAAGACUUAUGCUGAAACACUCCACACACAUCCGGUCACUUAUUCUCCUGCUCCUCAUUCAUCUGCAGACUCAAUCUCCACUCACACCCCACUGCAAGGACGCAGUCCACACAAUCCAAUGCAGAGCCCAACAAAAUCCAGCCUCUGGUCAUUUCAAGAAAACACAAUAUAUGUAGCCUUUGUAACAAAUGUCAAUAGACUAGAUUUUACUCCAGAUUUUAAUACCCUCGAUCCUUUUGGCACUGGACUUUACUGACAUUUUGUUUCUGUGCCUCAGCCACUUCCCCUACAAUCUAUAUCCUUCCUAAGAGAUGUCUGCAGUGGGUGGGAAUCUUUAUCUUUCACUGGGACAUUUUCUGUCAACCUGGUCGUACAUUAAAAGUUCUAUCAGGCAUAUGGAAAGUGUCUAGGCAACAUUAAAACUGCAUAUUGUUGAUUCAAACGGCAUGCAUAUUAUUUAGACAAUUCACUGAGUUUUGUUUUGACAGGAGUAACAUAAACAGCAGUCUGUGCUCACAGAUUUCCUUGAUGUCAUUUCCAAUGCAUGCAUUAUACGAUUUUUUUCCUAUGAGGCAGCAGUUAGGCUUCAUCAAGGGAAUACCCUGGGGAGAAGGUGGCAUAUAUCUAAUGACAGCAUUUUCCCAGUUGUUUGACUCCUCUGGAAUCUAGCAAUGUCACCAGGUUUCACACUGAUGAUGAGCUAUGCCAUUAGUAUUCUCUCUGUGUCCCCAGCCAGAAGGCUGGAGAGAUACCUUUGCUAAAUUAACACAAGACAAGUGCAUUGGUGAUGAAAGAAAAGGGACAGCAUUGCUAUCAUGCAAAAGAGCUAGACAUCUGAAAAAUCUGGCGAGGGAUUUUACUGAUGAGAGCGUCUCUUCCUUGGCCCCAGGCUCCGACGUGAAUGGACCCAGAGACUGGAAGGUCGCUUAAAGAUGCUUCAGAAGACCAGCGAAAAGCCAAAACUUCAGAGCAGUCUAUUGCCAAUAGAAGCUUUUCAGCAGAUUCAUAAAACAGUAGCCUAA